AUCUAUCUGAUGGGCAUAAUGGCCAUUUCGGGACUCAGCGUUUGCCUCUCGGUCAUUGUGCUUAACAUGCGACACGGCGCCGAGCGUAAAUAUAGGGCGCCACACUGGCUUAAUUUUAUCGCUUACCACGUGCUCGGCCGUUUGUUUGGUACUCCGCCACCGAAAACGCAACAACGGUUUGCACGAGCCGACGAUUCCAAAGAUUUGCUGAGCACAGUUCUCACUUUCCUAAAGCUCAAAAGCGGUUUACAGAUGGAACGUGUGGAAAACGAGGAAGAACAUGACGAACUGGUAGAGGAAUGGAGUCAUAUAUCCGCUGUUUUCGAUCGCUUCUUCUUUUGUUGUAUCUUUGUACUGACCGGCGCCGCCACUUUCACACUGCUGUUGUUAGCGCCACGAUUCAGCCAUCGGAGUUUCGAUUCACAACUCUGA